UCCGCCUGUGGCCAGCGCUCCUCAGCGGCGCACAAGCGCUACCGUCGCCUGCAGAACUGGGUCUACAACGUGCUGGAGCGGCCCCGCGGCUGGGCCUUCGUCUACCACGUCUUCAUAUUCUUGCUGGUCUUCAGCUGCCUGGUGCUGUCCGUGCUGUCCACUAUUCAGGAGCACCAGGAAUUUGCCAAUGAGUGUCUCCUCAUCUUGGAGUUCGUGAUGAUCGUGGUCUUCGGCCUGGAGUACAUCAUCCGCGUCUGGUCGGCAGGCUGCUGCUGCCGCUAUCGAGGAUGGCAGGGCCGCCUCCGUUUUGCCAGAAAACCCUUCUGUGUCAUCGACUUCAUCGUUUUCGUGGCCUCGGUGGCCGUCAUCGCCGCGGGCACACAGGGCAACAUCUUUGCCACGUCUGCGUUGCGCAGCAUGCGCUUCCUGCAGAUCCUGCGCAUGGUGCGCAUGGACCGACGCGGUGGCACCUGGAAGCUGCUGGGCUCCGUGGUCUACGCACACAGCAAGGAGCUGAUCACCGCCUGGUACAUCGGGUUCCUGGUGCUCAUCUUUGCCUCCUUCCUCGUCUAUCUGGCAGAGAAGGAUGCCAACUCUGACUUCUCCUCCUAUGCCGACUCGCUCUGGUGGGGGACGAUUACACUGACAACCAUUGGCUAUGGAGACAAGACACCACAUACAUGGCUGGGCAGGGUCUUGGCUGCUGGCUUCGCCUUACUGGGCAUCUCUUUCUUUGCCCUGCCUGCCGGCAUUCUCGGCUCCGGCUUUGCCCUGAAGGUCCAGGAACAGCACCGGCAGAAGCAUUUCGAGAAGCGGAGGAUGCCAGCAGCCAACCUCAUUCAGGCUGCAUGGCGCUUGUACUCCACCGACACUAGCAGGGCCUACCUGACGGCCACCUGGUACUACUAUGACAGUAUCCUCCCAUCCUUCAGAGAGCUGGCCCUCUUGUUUGAGCACGUGCAACGGGCCCGCAAUGGGGGCCUACGGCCCUUGGAGGUGCGGCGGGCGCCAGUACCUGAUGGAGCGCCCUCCCGCUACCCGCCCGUUGCCACCUGCCACCGGCCGGGCAGCGCCUCCUUCUGCCCUGGGGAAAGCAGCCGGAUGGGCAUCAAAGACCGCAUCCGCAUGGGCAGCUCCCAGCGGCGGACUGGUCCUUCCAAGCAGCACCUGGCACCUCCACCAAUGCCCACCUCCCCAAGCAGCGAGCAGGUGGGUGAGGCCACCAGCCCCACCAAAGUGCAGAAGAGCUGGAGCUUCAAUGACCGCACACGUUUCCGGGCCUCUCUGAGACUCAAACCCCGCACCUCUGCUGAGGAGGGCCCCUCAGAGGAAGUAGCAGAGGAGAAGAGCUACCAGUGCGAGCUCACAGUGGACGACGUCAUGCCAGCUGUGAAGACGGUCAUCCGCUCCGUCAGGAUUCUAAAGUUCCUGGUGGCCAAAAGGAAAUUCAAGGAGACACUGCGACCUUAUGAUGUGAAGGAUGUCAUUGAGCAGUACUCCGCAGGGCAUCUGGACAUGCUGGGCCGGAUCAAGAGCCUGCAGACUAGGGUGGACCAGAUUGUGGGUCGGGGACCCGGGGACCGGAAGGCCAGGGAGAAGGGCGACAAGGGACCCUCAGAUGCGGAGGUGGUGGAUGAAAUCAGCAUGAUGGGACGCGUGGUCAAGGUGGAGAAGCAGGUGCAGUCCAUCGAGCACAAGCUGGACCUGCUGUUGGGCUUCUAUUCGCGCUGCCUGCGCUCCGGCACCUCGGCCAGCCUGGGCACCGUGCAAGUACCGCUUUUCGAUCCCGACAUCACCUCGGACUACCACAGCCCCGUGGACCACGAGGACAUUUCCGUCUCCGCACAGACGCUUAGCAUCUCCCGUUCGGUCAGCACCAAUAUGGACUGAGGGGCUUCUCAGGGGCGGAGCAGCCCUCGGCCUAGCGCUCGGACCCGCCCCUUGAGGCCUCCGGACUCUUCUCUUACUUGAACUCGCUCCCUUGCCGGGAGAGAGGCCACACGCAGUAUUGAGCAGCCUGGGUGGGCGAGAUGCCCGCUGCGGGUGCCAGAGCCCAGCUCCCACCCCAGGAGCGUGAGAUGCCAGGCCAUAUGGAGGGCAGCAGCAGCGGCUGCCUCCUGGCCUUUGGGUCCCUCGGUUCCCUGCCCACCCUAUCAAGGCCCAACAUGGCCUGCCUGGCAGGGGAUACUGCCCAGGAGUAGGAGCGGGGUACUAGGGCACUGGGCUAGUACUGACCCAGCUUCCAGCUAUGCAAGGUGAGGUCUCUGGCCUGCCCUUCAGACAGAGCAGGGAAGUCCUCCUGCCAAGUCCCCACCCCACUUGGGGAUGGGCCCAAGGUGCCCCCGCAGGUACCCACAAAGCACAGAACCCUGCCAAAAGGCAGAUGGGCAUCAUAUAUGCAAAUUAUAAUGAAUAUGCAACUUUGGGGACCCCCAUGGGGUCCCUCUGCCCCUCUCCUAUGGGAGAUGGGCUUCCAGCAGUAGCUGGUCUCAGGCUGCUUGGCCGUGACCCCAUCCCCAUUCUUUGGCUUAUCCACCCCAUUCCUACUCAGCAUGGGGCCUGUUUCUCUCCUGCCCUCUCCCAAGAGCAGUGCUUGGGCCUUUCUUCCCUUUUGCAGAUGUCACCUCCAGGGGCUUCCUUUUCCUGCUGGAUGUCCUCUCCUCUCUUUGGUCCUCCAGACACCUUUGACAACACAAGUUUCUGUAUUUUCCCCACACUUCCCAGACAGUGCUCCAUGGACAGUCACACAAGUUCCUUUAGCUUCUCCAGAGAAAUCCUCACGUUCGUACUGAUGCACAAAACCACACAUGCUUGGACACAUGAGCACAGAGUCACUCAGCCUUUCCUGAGUCUCUGCAGCUGAGCUAGUGGACUGUCCUUUCCACUAAGAGGAAGCCCCUCACUCCCUCUGACCAGAAGAGGGAGCUUUAAAGUCUGUCCUGGCCCAGGGCUUUACCAGCUCCCCUUCCUCAAGAAGGUAGACUCCUCGCUGGACCAGGAACUCUAACUGCUGCCUCUGCCCCUGAGGGCCCUCCUUGGUGUCCCCACAGCACAACUCAGGCCUAGGCCUCUAGGACCCACACACCACUGGAGAGACCCCAGGCCCACUCCUUCCUGGUCCCAGAGAGCAUAAUAAUGCACUUGGACGAUAUACCACCUGUGUACCUGCCUUUCACCUGCACUGCUCCCUACCUACUUCUCCAUUUCAGUUGGCAGCCCUGCAUCUUGCAUAAGUGCCCAUCCACUGCGGGCCCUCAGCCCCACUUUCAAAUCCCCACUCCUGCGUUCCUCUUCUGCAAAGCCAAGCAGGUGGCAGGAGGGUGAGGGGUAGUGGAUCAAUGGCAACCCUCUGUGGGGUACCAGGGAACAAGGGGGCUGAGGCCAAGCUGCCUGCAUCUCAUAACUGGGGACCUGCAUGCACCAGCACCAGGGCUUGGGUUGGAUCUUGCUCAGCCCCAGGGUGCCCAGCCUCUGCCCUACCAUGCCCUCUGCAUGUACCAUCAUGCCCCGGAUGGAGCCUAUCCUGGCUCGCCUCAUUUGCACUGCACUGUCCCUAGAGAGCCACCCCUCCAUCCCUUCAGAGACAGAUCUUCAGAGAGGGCAGGAGAAUAGGAUUACCCUGUGACCAAAGGAGGCAUGGGAAGCAGCCCUCCCUCCUUCCACCAUUGAGGUUCCCUCACCAACCUGGUUCUCAAAUAUGCAAGUACCUCACUUUGUUAACUUAUUAACUUAUUGGUUUCAUUAAAGUUUUCAGUAGGAGG